ACCGAGGUCAAUGACCAGCUCGCCGCGUUCGAGCGAGAAAUGCGAGAGUUGGCCCAGCAGGGCACGGACCCCACCAUAGGUCCCGAGAAUAACGUCGAGGACGUUAUUGAUGCCACGCAAGUGGAGGCGCAACUGGCUGCACCUCCUAGUCCGUCACCGAGUGAGGUGCUUCGCCAGCAAAUGGAGGCUGAUCGCCUCGAACGGCUCCGGAGAGCGGGAUUGGGGGACACUGGGCCAAUAGCAGGUCCGUCUCGACUACUGCCCUCCUCGCCGUUAGCGGCUCCGGCACCCAUUCGAGCUGCACCCCCACGACGAAGCGUGGCUUUCGGGGCCUUUGAGCCCUCGGAUAUCACGGCACCGCCAGGCUGGGACCAUUACGAGUCCGCGUCGCAAGCUCCUCGGGGUGACCGAAUCCCGGUCACUUCGACGGCACCUCCGCACCAGUUUGUGCUCCGACCCAGGAGGUCCUUAGCUCCAGGAGCUUCCGCGCAUCACGGACUUAGUACUGUCCCCGAGCACGAGCUCGAUGGAUCAAAUGAGCUCGCAUACACGGGCCCUAGCUAUGGGCCCCGGGACGCUCGUGAGGUCCAAAGGCUAAUGGGCAUGAUCGACCAAAUGGUCGGGGAGGAACCGACCUCCAGUCCGCCGGCAUACCUGAAGGUCACUAAGAUGACCCUCCCGAAGCCGUAUUUGGGCAAGGACGAUCUCGACGCUUUUGAGAUGUGGCUCCACAACCUCCUCGAGUUCUUCCGUACCCUACGGAUAACCGGUCCAUCCAUGGACCCAGACCGACUGCGGAUACUAGGGGACUGUUUGUCCGAUGAAGCCGCGGUAUGGAUGUACAACACAGUACAAUCCCCCUCCCGGGAACGGCGAGACUGGCUGUUCGAAGAGGCUGUAAUUGGCCUCUUCCGGCGAUUCAUACACCGUGACACGCACCUGCAAGCUGCGUACAAUUACGACAACCUUCGCUUCGAAGCGAACAAGGGCGGCGUUGCAGCUCUGUAUGAACGACUGCUCUCCAUAACGGAGAAAAUGUGGGAGAAACCCACUCAGUUCCAAUUACGGAACAAGUUCCUCGACGUGUUGCCGAUGAGUUAUGUUCAUACACUCACUGUAGUUAACGGCCUCUCCGUUAAAUAUAAUAGUUUGGCCGCGCUAUACCAGGCGGCGCUCGAGCUCGAGCAAAGACGGAAGAAGGAGACGGUCGAGAGCCCUAGGAGGUCGAGACCGGGCCGCGGAACGUCUCGCGAAGCGCGAGGAGAAGCAGCUGAGCUGGCGCUCCGCGGGACGCAGGAGGGCCUCUUCGCAGCCCGUGUUAGGCUUCGCAGGGAGUUCGCAACGCUAUCGCAACGCUAA